GUUGCGCGAGAAGAGAACUACCGAAUUGAUCACUAACAGAAUUUUGUAAUUUACUGAAAUAAAUUUACGGAAUUACGAUCACAGUUCUUCGACUGCGCAACAGUUUACAAAAUUCUGUUAAUAUGUCGAAGAAGUCGACAAAUCGUGGAGCAUCUGCGUCCGGGUCCUUUGAACCAAGGGAAAACACGGACAACAUCGUCACUAAUAACGCGGCGAACAACGUAAGUAACGUCUACUUGAACCCUUCCUGCAGUGGAAACCAGGGAAACGCAGGUAUCACCGGAAUCCGUAGAAAUCCGUUGCGUGAAGUCCGAAGGUUCGUUGACUAUCAAUGUCACCUGUGCGAAAAGCGGGACAAUGAAGAGAUGGUACAAUGCGACGGUUGCGAUAGGUGGUUCCACUUCGUAUGUGUUCAAGUUACUGAGGAAAUUGCCAACGUUAGCUGGAUCUGUCCGACCUGCAAAACUCAAUCCUUCAUUGCCCCACCCAAUAAUACGCAACACCCGAUAACCGAACAACACAAUCCACUUCCACCCGUAAGCAAGUCCGUGUCGAAUCGAUCGGGUAGCAGAACAAGCUCUCGGAGUGAAGCAAGAAGACUUAAAGAGCUGGAGUUGAAAAAACUUGAGGAAGAACUUGAGCUGGAGAAGCGUUUUCUUGAACGAAAAUAUAAGCUUCUGAGAGAGUGCGGUAGCGAGGCGUCGUCCAUAAACGAGGAAUACGAAGACGACCAGUUGUCGAAGAUCGAAGAGUGGUUAGCCGAAACGGAACGCCAUGGUGAAGCUGAAGAUUCCGGAUUAGCAGAAGCAGCAAAUGAGCAAACAUCGAACAGAUCGAGCAAGCUCGAGGAGCACAAGGCUCCGGCUGUCCAGCGAACGUCUCAUCCAUCAAUUCUUCGAACAAACCAAACGACUCACCGUUCUCAGUGCGAUGUACCCCUGUUCCCCGCACAUCAACGCCAUCAAUCAGGUUUUCCCAGUACGGUUCCAGACAUGGAAAACAACCGUCUCUCACAAAAUGUUCGGUACUGUAGCAGUAUGAGGCCGCAGUUCGUCGAAGAACAUAUUCGGAGCGAGCAGCCUCUAACAGAAGACUUAUCGGAGCGGUUUGCUCGCCUAAAGCCCUCCGUCCAUCCAAGAACGAUUCCAUCCUCACUACCGGGAACUAGCCGACAUCUAACUAGAGAAGUCCAAACACAUCAUCAAUACCCACAAGGUGCUGCCAGGCCAGUGUUAGCACCUACUUUGAAUCCGAAUAUGCACAACGAGUUCGUUCCGGGUCAGCGUUCAACGCCGAUAUUACUAGCUCAGGCCGAGCCUUUCGACGAGCUCGCUGGAGCUAUGCGUGAACAGCGAGCGGAGAGAGACGCAACUGCGUGCGAUGACGGUGGUGUGGAGGAGGUGCAAAAGUGUUUCAAUAAAACCCAUCCAGCGUUGUCCAAGGGUCCAUUCACCACAAUUUAUUGUUCGUCGCCGUCUCGAGUGGAAUGGCCCGAGUUGGGGCACUUGAAGUUGAUUUACGGACAGAUUGAUCAAAACAAAAACACGGUGAAGAUGGGUCGAGCGUCUGGAAUUGAACUGAAGAAAAGACAGCUUCAUGCGCGUUUUGGGUCAAUGGAACUUGCGGUAUAG